AUGGAAAAGAGGAAUGUGACCGAAUUUGUUCUUCUUGGACUCACACAGAACCAAAACAUGCAGAAAAUUGUAUUUAUUGGGUUUUUGAUUAUCUACAUAGUCUCUGUGUUCGGAAAUUUGCUCAUUUUGUUGACCAUCAUAUACCAUCAAUUGGUAAGGUUCCCUAUGUACUUCUUCCUUGCCUAUCUCUCCUUUAUUGAUGCCUGUUAUUCUUCUGUCAAUAACCCUAAACUGAUUUUUGAUUCACUCCAUGAUAAAAAGAUCAUUCAAUUCAAUGGAUGCAUGACCCAAGUCUUUGGAGAGCAUUUUUUUGCAGGUGCUGAAAUCAUCCUGCUUAUUAUGAUGGCUUAUGAUCGCUAUGUGGCCAUCUGCAAGCCUCUGCACUAUGCAACCAUCAUGAACCAAGCAGUAUGUAACCUGCUAGUGGGGGUGUCAUGGAUGGGAGGGUUUCUUCAUGGAAUCAUACAGAUCCUGUUUAUUAUUGAUUUACCUUUCUGUGGUCCUAAUGUCAUAGAUCACUUUAUGUGUGAUCUGAACCCUUUGCUUGAACUGGUCUGCACUGACACCCACAUUCUGGGGCUCUUUGUUGCUGCCAACAGUGGGUUUAUCUGUCUAUUAUUAUUUCUCCUCCUUCUGGGCUCCUAUGCAAUUAUGCUGUACUCAUUAAGAAACCACAGUGCAGAAGGGAGACGCAAAGCUUUCUCCACUUGUAUUUCCCACAUCACAGUGGCUGGCUUUUUCUUUGUACCUUGCAUUUUUGAGUAUUUGAGGCCUGCAACUACUUUACCUAUUGAUAAGGUAGUUGCUGUGUUCUACACAAUGAUAACUCCCAUGUUAAACCCUUUAAUCUAUACCUUGAGAAACACUCAAAUGAAAGAUAGUUUGGAAGUCCUCUACCAUAGCCUACUCUUCCUGGUAAGAAUUAUCUUGGUAGAGUCUGGUGUGGAAAUGCCUGCAGUUUAGACACUGCCCAUUUGUCAGUGGAACACACAGGCUAGAGGAAAAGCCUAUGAAUUUACCAGCUGCGGGGAAGUAUUUACCAAGUGUCACAUCUCACUGAACCCAGAAGUCAUGCUGAAAGGAAGCCCCGUGUUUCUAAGGAAUAUUGAAAAGCCUUUAGCUAGAUGACAGAUCCUAGGAAAUUCAUGCUGGAGAAAAACAAGGGAAAUUUGCAAAAACAACAUUGACUCUUAGAAAGGUACACCGGGAAGAAAGGUUUAUACUCUUAAUCCUUGUCCUUCUCUGCCUUCGCCUGAGAGGUCAGACACAGAAGCCUUAGAACUGUAAGAAAUGUGGAAAUAUCCUCAACCAAGAGUAAUC